UUGAGGAAGUGAGGACAUGUCUACUUUAAAUGCUGGAUGUUUGAAACGGGUGUGAGCGGGUUCUUGUCUUCUGACAUGCGUCUCCACAUCAGUCUGACUUUCAUUAUUACCAUCACCGCGAGCUGCGGUACUGCAGACUCCCGGAAGAUCAGAGGGAUAUCUCCGUCCUACAAGCGUUUCUACAGGGAGAGGAAGUCCUUUCUGUGCAUCGAUGGCUCCAAGAUGAUCCCCUUUGAGCAGGUGAACGAUGACUACUGCGACUGUGAGGACGGCUCUGAUGAACCAGGCACCUCCGCCUGUCCUCGUGGCCGGUUCUACUGCACCAACCUGAGUUUCCGGCCACACUACAUCCCAUCAUCUCGAGUCAAUGAUGGCAUCUGUGACUGCUGCGAUGCUUCAGAUGAAUACAACAGCCACGCUCGCUGCCAGAACACGUGCUGGAAUCUGGGGCAGAGAGAGAGGGCGUACGUGGAGGGCCAGAUGAGGACCCUGGACGAGGGUUUGCAGCUGAAGCAGCAGCUGAUUGAGGAGGGAGUCCUGCUCUGGAGGGAGAAACAGGCGCAGCUCCGAGAGCUGCAGCAGGUAGCUGAGGACCUCCAGAUCAAACUGGAGGAACACAGGAGGAAGAAGCACGAGGCGGAGCGCCUCAGAGAACAGACGUUGAAGGCGCUGGGAGCCGGGGACAGCAGUGUCAGGCGGGAGAACGGCAGCAGCACGUUCAACUUCCUGGACAGCAACAAAGAUGGCAGUCUAACAGUGGAGGAAGUCCAGGCUAAAGUGGCACUCGUCCAUGAUGAAGAGCGGCUUCUCUCGGAGGACGAAGCCGUGGCUCUGUUGGGAGGAGGCCGUCUGAUGGAUCUCACCCUGUUUCAACACACUCUGUGGGACGUCCUGACCAAAGCAGACAGUGUCAAGAUCAGAGGCAGUCUGGACGCUGCAGGCCGAGUGGUGGCUGAAGACUUAGAGGCCUCUGACGGAGAGUGGGAGGCUACCAAUCAGAAGAAGGUAGAGGAAGCGUACGACACCGUCAACAUGGAGAUCAGUGAUCUGCGGAAGAAGCUGACCAUCGACUACGGACCGGACUGGGAGUUUCUGUUUCUGAACAGCCAGUGUUACAAGCUGAAAGUAUACGAGUACACUUACACUCUGUGCCCGUUCAAUCAGGUCACACAGAGGAGCACUGCAGGAGCAGACGUCUCGUUAGGGAGGUGGGGGAUGUGGGCAGGGACCCCACACAACCAGUACAGUCAGAUGGUAUAUGAGAGUGGAGAACCCUGCUGGCAAGGAGGUUCACGCAGUACGACAGUCACACUGACAUGCGGAACGGAGACAGCCUUGCGAUCGGUGAGGGAGCCCAGCAAAUGCCAGUACAUCAUGGACUUUCAGACUCCUGUGGCCUGUCAGCCAGUGCUGAAGCAGCGGGGCAUACAUAGUGAACUGUGACCCCUAGCCUACAUUCAUUUAGCCCCCUCGGCUAGCCCGCAGUGACAGGCUGGGUUCCUGAGGGUCCCCUCUGACAUCUGUGUUGUCAGAACAUGUAUACUUCCAGGCAGGUCUCGCUAAGGUCAGAAUCAGAUUUUCAGUAACACUGCUCCUAGUUUUCAUUAAUUGUUACAGCUUUAUAUUGUCACAUGUUAAUAUUUGAAUAGAGCAUUUAUUGAACAUAUAUAUAUAUAUAUAUAUAUAUAUAU